AUGGCAUCUGUGUGGCUCUCUUUAGUGCUCGCCUUAUGGCUGAUCGGUUUCGGUUGUUCUUUUAGAAUAACCGACCGAGAGCACUUCGAGUUGUCACCAGAUGCCCCAGCUACUUAUAAAUACCCUUUGGAAACUAUCUAUGCUCUUUUCGGAAGCGGAGAGCCAACGGUAUGCAUGAAUCUAACUGUAGCGCGACCAACCGAGGUCAGAAUCGGUGGAUGCGGAAAAUAUGUAUCUCUUGGAUUUCUUGAUACAAUGAUUGUUCCUUUGAAUCGUUCUAUUAUCCAACAGUCCCUAGAAUACGGAAAAGACGACUAUUGUAAUGCCACACAUUUGCAAAUCAAGCUCCUUGGCGGUGAAAAGACAUUCAAAGGUUCUAUGACACUGUUCCAAUGUACAUGCACAAUCACUCAGUUCCCACUCCCACAUCAAGGAUUCUUCUUCCGGCUGGACCCCUAUUGCAAGCCAACAACCAAAACCUGGAAUGAUCGUAGAACAUCGAUUCGGUUCAGACAUGAGUCAGGAAAGGUUGAGAGACACCCAAUUUCAAUGGAUCACACUAUUCAUGCAGCUGUUGUCGACUUCCGCCAGACAAUGUGCUUCAAGUACAGUGGAGACAGUCUAUUGAGGCUAACUCUCUCCAAGAGCCAAGUCCAUCAAAAUAUCACUGUCGUCUUGAAUAGUGAUCUCGUGUACAGUUUCUCUAAUUACGAGAAGGCAUUGCUCGCCAAGAUGCUUCACGCCCCAGUGAAAAGCGGUAAAGAUCAGUGGAGCAUUGAGAUUGAGACUUAUGGGAUGGAACCAAUCAUUGGACUUCUUAAUAUCUAUGGAUGCCAGAGAUAUUUGGAAAAGGGAGAAAUUGACGACGCCAACAAGCCAUUUAAACGACUUCUUCCUAACAGUGGAACCACUCUUGAAGGAAUCAACUUUUAUUUUGAUUUGAAAAAUGAUUCUGCGGUGCUUUUCUCGGCUGAUAUCAAGGAAUAUAUUGACCAGGCUACUGUUGUCAAGCAUCAAGGGGUUGAGCUUGCUGUCAACAUUACCACAACCGGACCAGUCACUCUUUUAUUGACGCGAUGCAAGACUCCGGAGAGAGGUGGAAUUGUGAUUGCCAAAAACUCGACUUCCAAUUACUUCUCUGUGAACCACACCGAUCUCUUAGAAUACAUGUCAUUGUCAAUGAGACGACCCUGUGACACCUCUGAUGAAGAUGAUGCAUUGUACCUGCACGUCAUCACUGACGAAGAAGCAGCCGUGGGAAAAGUAUGCUUCAGUUUGAUUGAAACGAGUGAAGAUAGAUUUCCAAGAGCGGAGUCGAGCUUCCCAAGGGUGUCUUUUGCUAUUGCCAACGAUAGCUUGAUCACGAAGCAAAUGAAUCUGGGUGCAAUGUUUGAUGAAGGUAAUAGACAGAGAAAUUUAACAUGGAUAACUUCAAAUAAGACAUUUUCAGCUGCUCAAUUGAAUCGCAAAAUUGUGAUCUCACUCCGCAGCAACCGCCCAAUCGCGAUUUUGAUCAGCAAGUGUAGACACUCCAGAAGAGAAAUUAUCGCUGGAAACGUGAAACCUGGGGAGACGGCAUUGCAUUUGAUGACUAUGAAAAGGAUCACCAGACUUUUAUCAUCAGAAAAGUGCAGCGAGAUGGAAGACAUUUCACAGGAAGAGGCUUACAUCCAUUUCGAAACACACAAUGGACCCACCGCUGGAACGUUCGGAUUGGUAUUGUCGGAGCAAAGCUACGAAACUCACCCGAAUAAUAUUCCAUUCGAGAAUUUGCCUCCAGAGAACAUCGCUUCCUCACCAUUCCGCCCAUUUGAGAUCAUUCCAAAGGAUCCGAUGGGAAUUCAGCCGCUUGAGGUCGACAUCAAUGUCCUUCUCCACGAAGCCUUCUAUAACAUCUACAAGACCCUUGACAUUGAGUUCAACCGUAACGACACCACAACCAUCACUUUCUCCAAGUGCCAACAUCACAAAUAUCGUGGAGUCUCUUUCAACAUCACAGGAGGAAAGAAAACUUUUCGGUACCGAGAUCUCACUAAUUUGUAUCGUCUGACCAAGUCUGAGCAAUGUACCAACACCGCAAAGUAUGGACUUUAUGUUCACAUUUCGGACCCAACUCUUGAUGAUGUUAUAACUCUGAGGAUCAACAACUUCCGUCAAGCAGUACCAAACAAUGGAGGAACCUACUCGGCAAAUGGUAAAAUAGAACUUCACAAGAAGAACGGUUUUAGAACGAUCUUAUCUGUUUUCAAAACGGCUUUCUUGAGAAUUUUGUAUCAAAUUUCGUUUUCCUCAAAAUUUAUAUUUUUAGAAAAGUCCUCAUACACAGUUUCCAUCCCACUUGGAACUAUGGACCAUGGAAUUGGAGUUCGCCUUACCAACGCUCAUACCUCCAAAGUCAACCUUCUUCUCACCAUGUGCCCAUCUAUCAAAUCUUCUGAAACAAGCAUAUUUGAAGCGCCAAUGACUACCGGAUAUCUCAAGCUCGAUGUAGGACUUCUCGAUGAAUUGAAAGUCAAAGCUGAGAACUGUACUACUAAAAUCGACUCACUUUAUUUCACCAUCCGCUCCAAGAACGCCAAAGGACGUAUCACCGUCGAUAUCAUCAAGAACGAAGACUGUGGAGAGUACGGCUGCGCCCUAGGUGCCAUCAAGUUCUUCAACUCCACCGCCGGCAUGAUAAUUGCCCAGUAA